AUGUCGUUGAGCUUUACUGACCUCCUGGCGCUAUUUCCGUUUGGCGAUGACUUCGUCGACGAAGAAGUGUUCUCACGCUCUCAGUCCCCCUUGUCUGAUUUACUAUCGGACGUGUACCUGCCUCUCGACUCCUACAGUUAUGGCCAUCCAUUAUUGAAUACCACAUUGCAGCUGCAAGACCCUUAUUUGCGGUGCGACAGAGACCUGGAAUGGAACAUUGACUGGGCUGUGGCUUUCCUCGUCGACCAGUUGGAACAACGCUGGGUAGAUGCAGCUGCAUCACUUAUGAACAUUCGCAGACAAGCAGCAGCACUCCACGAGAACAGCUUGAGCGAAGAAAUCCCUUUUCAAAUCUUCAACAAACUCGACCAAGCUCUGUUUGCUGGAUUCUUGAAGAACUCUGUCUUUCUCGAUGUCAGCAGAUUAGACUCUGAUAUUUCUGGUGUUACUUAUACGCACCGAUGGGGACCCAAUCCGGAAGUCAAGCGCAUUUCCAUCAUUUUCAACCAAGAUGCAAUCAGACAUGGUCGAGCGCGGGACAUUGUGGCUACGUUGAUCCACCACCUGAUCCACGCAUACUUUCUUGUGGCUUGUGGCGAGCAAAAGGAGAACGAGAUGGACUAUGGGCGUCUGAACCACGGCUUACAGUUCGGCAAGAUCAUGCUCGCCAUCAGGAGGCUUUCAGCUGCUCAUGGUAGAGAACUUACAACCUUGGACUAUGGGCAUCGCUUGUCCAGCAGACAUCACUAUGCCGACGACUACUACCGCCCGUGGACAAGAGACGAAGUCAAGCACGAAGAUGGGAACAAGUGGUAUUUUAGCCAUUGUCACAGUGACGUCCGCGGACCAUCUGAUAGCGAGGUGGACAAGUGGUAUAAGAAUGUUUGCCAACCAAUGCUUGACCUACCACCAAGUAUUCGGGGUCUCGAGGUAGAGGUGUACAAUGUCCGACGACACGAGUUGGUGAAGAGACGUCGGGCGCACCUCGGUUCUUCUUCAAAGUCUAUCGAGUUUAUUUUCAGGGAUCGACCAGUCCUUGUUGGCAGGGAAAAGAUUGAGCGGUUUCCGAGUGUCAUGAGAGCUUUUGAUAAGGCUGGCAGUCGUUUUCUCAGAGUACAUAAGGAGGUCUCGGAAGACACGUUCAUGCGCCUUCUCGAAUUCCUCCAUACUGGCUCUUAUCCUCCUGAUCCGCAUGUCUUUGCUGGCGCUGCAGUCGAUCGAGAUGUCCGACACAAAGCCCCUCCUAUCAUCAAGCCCCAGAACAUAUCUGUUGAAGCAGUUGUGGUCUUAGCCGACAUACGAUUUGCCAAGCUCGGCUUAUAUAUGGGCUUCGAAGACUGCAAGGCCUACGCCUUGGAUCGCAUGAACACAUACGGUGUCCUAUACGAGGACCCUGUAGCUGUUCUCAAAGAGAUUUACCGAGGCUGCGAAUUAGACCCUGAUCUCAAAGUCUGGGCACGCAUGUUUCUUACACGUUGCCCUGCUGCAUCGAGCCCUGGUUAUUACCACGGCGAUUCGCUGGGUCACAGUACCGUAGAGCCACCCAACCUGUUGAAACUUAAAAGUCAGCAAGGUCCUUACCGGUCACGCUUUCUCAAUGCCAUUGAAGUUAGUGGAGCACUGGAGAACGAUGUUAAUAAAGCUCGUGCCGAGCUCAAAACCGCAGGCUGGUAUACACCCUUCAGGCGCCCAGCCGAUCAACCUGCGCACAAUUUGAACAAUCAUCUUCAUGUUCGCCCGCACUUUUUUCCUGACUCGUCCUCGCCUUCGUCAUCAUCAUCUGGCUCAUGGUACAAGGUCCGAGACCUCACUAGCCAGCUAUCUUCUCUUAGCGUGAACCGCGCUCCCGGAAUAGAGCGAGGUAAGGUGCGGGAUGGCGACCAUAUCGGACCGAAUUGCACCUAUAAGAAAGUGAACUAUAGCAUGAAGGACCGCGAACAACGUCUGAGAGAUGUUGAUGUUGAAUUGGAUAAAGCAAGGGAAAAUGUGAAAAGGUUAGAAAGGGAAAGGGAGGAUCGAAGGAAGAAGGAAACCCAGAAGCAAGUGAAGAUCCAGGCAGUGGCGCUGGUAGAAGAACUUUUGGAGGGGAACCUGGGACAGAGAAGGGGUAUUGACGAAGAUUAA